UCUACCUAUUAGAUAGAUGUGGUUAAAGCAGGGGUCGGCAAACUUUUGUCUUUCGCGGGGCAAAAUUAAAGGUUGCAAGUCAGUGGCGGACCGCACAUAUUUUUAGAAAGUUAAAAACCGAGGGAAUGGCCAAUGAUUCACAUUAAUUAGAAAUUAAGGGGAUUCAUUAAAUCUCACGGAAUUGGAUAACAAUUGUAACCGUUGUUAGAUCAGACAUUGCCGCUAGACGACGCUAUAACGCGAAAUUAUCAUAUUUGCCAAAUUCUCAACAGAAAGGAUCAAUGCAUAAUCUAUUUAUCAAGUCGCAUUUCGCAAAUUGAAAACAGAGAAUGUAUCUCACUCCGAAUCGCUAAAAGCUUCGACCGCUGACGUAGAUCACGGUAAAGAACAAUCGACUGAAGGAACAAUACGACGAGCAAUAGCUUUUAAAAUUUCUACAGUUAGAUUUCGAGUUGAAGAAAUGGACCUACACACAAAAGAUAAGCCAGUAGGCGAAAAUAUGGAAGACUGUCAUAAUGUAGCAAUAAAAUUAUCUUCGAAAGCAAAUGCGUUCAGCAUAGAUGCAAUUAUUGCCACCUCUGCAGCGGCUGAAGAGUUGACUGGGACAUCGGAGGACAAAAUGGCCGAUUUUCACUGCCGGGAAGAAGUUUCAUCGGGUGGCGCUGAUAAUAUUCUUGAUUUCCCGCGCCCUUCGGUAUCACCAUGCGUACAGGAAACACACCAUGAAGAAUGCGACGUACAAGCAGGUGGAACGACUACUUGUGUGGUGGCAAAAGAAUUGAAGGAGUCAAAGAAUCCGGAACAUCCAGAUUUAAAACUAUUGGAAUGUACUUUGGAAUCGAAGGAACUUUGGCGGAAAUUUCAUGAUUUGGGAACAGAAAUGAUCAUUACAAAAACUGGAAGACGAAUGUUCCCUACCAUACGAGUCUCGUUUUCUGGUGCUCUACAAGAUUCUAAAUAUAUAGUAGUUAUGGAUAUAAUUCCUGUGGAUUACAAAAGAUAUAGAUAUGCCUAUCACAAGUCUUCAUGGCUGGUAGCAGGUAAAGCAGACCCACCAGUACCCUCGCGUUUAUAUUUUCAUACGGAGUCACCGAUAUGUGGGAAUCAACUUACCAAGCAGCUUUGUUCAUUCGAAAAACUGAAGUUAACUAAUAACACGCUGGACCAAAAUGGACAUGUUAUAUUAAACUCCAUGCACAAAUACCAGCCUAGAAUCCACGUGAUUCGAGCAAAUGCAGAUACAGGUUUAUUCAAAAAUAUGAAAGAAGAAGAUUAUAAAACAUUUGUUUUCUCGGAAACUCAGUUUACUGCAGUUACAGCCUAUCAAAAUCAAUUGAUUACCCGUUUAAAGAUCGAUAGCAAUCCGUUUGCAAAGGGAUUUCGUGAUUCUUCCCGUCUUAAUGAAUACGAAAGAGAUUCUGUAGAAAAUUUACUAACCGAAAGAAGAAUUUUACAACCUGGUACCGCAGCAGCUGUUGAAUUAUUACUCGGCAGAAGUGUUUCACAUAUUUCGCCCCUUACGAAUGCAAUGGCAAACUUCAGUCGACUGAUGUCAAAUGCGUACGAAAAUACAAAUCGUAUUUUCCCAGGGAACUCCAUUCACCAUAUGUCACCGACUUACCAGCGGUAUACGAGCCAUUCGCCCGUAGCGGGGACGGCAUCUUCACUAAGCAGCGGACUCUCACAUCAACCGCCGCAUAAUGAAUACUUUCCCCCGAACAUAAGUGCAUUGCACAGAAGUGGCGCUAGAGAUAUUUCUGCACUUUCUAGAAGUCUUAUUCCGGCAAUACGCCACCAUGCCUACCUCAAUCGUGUAGCAGCUAAAGACCGGACAUUUCAUAUUAGUGAUAGUGAACGUUACAAUCCGUACAACUCCUUUUCUGUUUCCACUUUCAGAUAUCAAUUACCAUAUUUUAAGCCAGGUUUUUUCCCUCCCUCAUCCCAUGUUAAACACACAAAACCUCCUUAAAUAUUUAUUCUUGAUACGACUCCAAUUUAUUUGACAUCGGUUACAAUUUUAAAAUUUCUUGCUUUGAAUUGGCCUCACAAAAGUUCGAUGUUAACAUUAUUGGACGCACAAUAGAUAGUCUUACUGGCUGUUCUGGGUAAUGGAAAGCUGUAUGGAUUGGUUUAGUUGAGUGACUAUUGAGAGCAUUAAAAGUUUACUCUGAGCGAUUUCUUGUA